UCUUCUUGGCCAAGAUUUAAUUUGUAAUCCCCCUACAAAAUAAUAAUUAAGCCACAUAUGCAUUUUACUACUCGGCAUACACAUGAAAUAUCAGAAGUUGCUUUUCUCCAGGCAGGGACGAACCCUUUGAGACCGAUACCAGCAGAAGUUGAGAUGUUUGGUGACGCCCGGGCUCCUGAUAGACCUGCAUCAGGGCUCGUCCACUUAAAUUGCGGUCCCGCGUGUGCGUGUGCGUGUUCUCCUUCGUGCUUUAUUCAAUCCGCGCCCUGUGCGGAUCUGCGCCACACGUCCCGAGGCUGCCGCGCUGAGGAAGGGAGUGCUGUCUCUUUAACAAACUGAUAUCACCUGCGACAGGUGAAGAAGUUUCGGUAUGACGUCCUCCGCGUUAACUGCUCCGCCCUGGACUCCUCGCCCACUGCGCCUGCGUUCGCACAAUGUCGCAACAGUGAAGUCUUUGUUCACCGCCUGUUAAACUCUAUGGCAGAGCCUCUUUUUUUGUUUUUGCAGAUACAGCGAACGGGAAGACACGUUCUUAUUGGCCGCCCUACCUGUUGAAUAUUGAGGGCUCGGCGAUCGGCGAGCUGGCGCCGUGUCACUGUCGAAGAACGAAGUCGAGACUGUGAAAGGCAGAGGAGGGCGAACCUUUUUUCCGCAGGUUGAUUUCCCGGCGAGAGUUUCUGGCGCAGGUUGCCUUAUGUUUUGAAAUCUUUUGGGGUUUUUUUUUUUAAAAAACAAGCAAACAAAAUCUUGCGCCAGCGGCGGUGCUGGUGGUGGUGGGGGCUUAAGCCGGAGAAGCGAGAUGCCACUGGGACUCAGGAAAAAGAAGAACAAGUCGAGGGAGAGCUCGAAUUUGGUGGAGAAUGAGGAGGGCGGGGGACUGGCCGGAGGCAGCGGAGCCAAGGCGACGGUCAACGGAGCUGGUCUGCCACCCCCGCCGGCCAGCCUGCGACCCAAGCUGGUUUUCCACACGCAACUGGCGCACGGUAGCCCCACCGGCAGGAUCGAGGGCUUCACUAACGUCAAGGAGCUCUACGGGAAAAUAGCCGAUGCUUUCAACCUGCAGGCGACGGAGAUCAUGUUCUGCACCUUGAACACGCACAAAAUUGACAUGGACAAGCUCCUGGGGGGGCAGAUCGGCCUGGAAGACUUCAUAUUCGCCCACGUCAAGGGAAUCAAGAAAGAGGUGGAAGUCAUCAAAGCAGAAGAUGCCUUAGGCCUCACAAUCACGGACAACGGUGCUGGCUACGCUUUUAUAAAGCGCAUAAAGGAAGGCAGCGUGACGGACGGGGUCAAGGUCAUCUGCGUGGGCGACCACAUAGAGUGCAUCAACGGCACGAGCAUCGUCGGCACCCGGCACUACGAGGUGGCCAAGAUGCUGAAGGAGCUGCCCCGGGGACAGACCUUCACGCUGAAGCUGGUGGAGCCCAUGAAAGCUUUCGAAAUGAUCGAGCCCCGGUCCCGAGGCGCGAAGCCUGGAGGAGAGAACAAGAUCGGCACGGGCCGAGGGACGCUGCGCCUGCGCUCCAAAGGCCCCGCCACCCUGGAGGAAGUCCCGACGGAGUUUGAGGAAAAAGCCGUGAAGAAAGUGGACGACCUCCUGGAAAGCUACAUGGGAAUCCGAGACACUGAGUUAGCUGCCACCAUGGUGGAGGUGGGGCGGGACAAGAGGAACCCGGACGAGUUCGCCGUGGCCCUGGACGAGGCCCUGGGGGACUUCGCCUUCCCCGACGAGUUCGUCUUCGACGUCUGGGGCGCCAUCGGAGACGCCAGGCGGGGCAGACUUUAACACGGCCGGCUCUGUAAAUGCUUCAGAGAGGAAGGGGGGAGGGAGGGGAGGGUGAAAUUUAUAUUAAAAAAAAAAACAGUGUUUUGGGCUGUUUUUAAAUAGAGGUUUUUAUAGCUUUAGUACAGGAAAUAACUGUGCUUUAAGGACAGAUGUAUUUGUAACCAAGAUUUUUUUUUUUUACAGUGUUUUAACUCGAGCUUACGUUUCAUGUAAGGGCUUCACGUCUGCAGCUCCUUCCCUGUAAAUGAUCUCCUUUCCCCGUCGGAAUUAGUUGUCUGUGAGGAAGGUGCACAAAGAUUUGAUUUACCUUACUUUACUGCGGCGCGGAGCGGUUUUUGAAGCUUCGGAGUGUCUUUGUGGGGAACAGUAGUGGCAUUCAAACGAGAAGCCUGCACGACUGGACAGUCUUCGUUCUCUGCAGGCGCUGCCGAAAUCCUGGUCAUAGAACGGCCACGGGGUGUCUAGACAGUCUAGAACAUUCCUCUUCAACUCCCUGUAGAUUUCACCAGGGAACCCUGCGCCCCGUCCCUUCUGACUUCGACAAAGUACCGUCGUCCUCAGACCUGCGUCAGGGUUCACGGGCCUUUUGAGAAAGUCGUUUUUUCUGAUCCUCUUCCAAGCUAAACUGUAUCUAAAAAUGGAGAGAGCACAAUCACAGUGGACUUCGUGAAGGGACUGUGCUUUAAUUUUCUUCGACAGGCUUUUUUUCCUUGUCUGUGUUGUUCUGGAGCCCAGCGUGGGUUUGGAUUUUUAAAAAACUUUUGCUACACCAUUCCCUCUGUGAUGUUAAAUGCCCCUGGAGACUGGGUAGUGUUGUAGCUUGCUUUCAGGGAACGCUGUAGAACAGAGUGGCAUUUAUUCCACCAGCGUGUGGCUGUCUGAGCAAUCAUUGAGGUACAGGAUCAGUGGCUGAUUUUAAUUUGAAACCUUAGGUAAUGGGGAAUAAAAGCACUUCUUAUGUGUAAUUUCAAUAUUAACAUUAAUUUUUAAUGAGUUGAACAGUUUGCUGAAACACAAGAAUAUACUCUUACAAAUGUCACAAGAUCUUAUAUAUUUUAUAUUUCUGUACUUAAUUUAUUUGUUUAAUAAAACAAUCUUCAUAUAAAGUGGGAAUGUUUUUUUUUUUUACAAUGUGGUAAACUAGAAAGAUAAUAAUUAAAAACCUUUAUGUGUCUCUGGAACAGCCUGUCUUGCGUAAACUUUUUCCUUUCCUUAAGUGUUCAAAUUUUGGAGGAUAUAUUGUUGGCCAAAUUUUUGAAGAUGAUUAUUUUGAGUUUUGUUUUUUUAGACUUGGGAAGUUGUCUAACAGAUGGUGUGAGCAGACUGAAUGUCCAGUUUCACUUAAUUUCAUGCAUGUGUGGAGCCAGCUAUGUAAAGCAGGACUGUCGGUAGAGAACAUCUGUGCGUCAGUCCAGAAUCUCAUGGACUUCUGUGUUGAAAAGAAAACUGUUAAUAAAGAAAAGCAAUGUGCCCACUGGA